AUGGAUUUUUGUGAUACCUCCCGCCCCAUCAGUGUAAAAUGUGAGCAAUGGUAUUCUUUAUACAGCCAACGAGAAUUCAGCUCUUCUACCAUUCUUUUUCACUUGAGAAAACACCACCCUGAAGGUCCACAAUUAUAUACCCCAAGUGAAGUAAAAUGUUCUCGAUGCCACCAAACUGUUAUAGUUUCUUCUUUGCUUAUUCAUUCACAAUUGUGUGAAGAAAGGAAUAAAGACUCUUUAAAUAUAAAAAAUUACAAUGAAUUUUCGCUAUUUUUUUAAAAUUUUUAUAUAGUAAAAUAGAUAAUUAUAAGAGAAUAUCAUUAUUGAAGAAAGUGGAGACGAUUUAAGACAUACAUGCAAAUAUUGCAAAAGGAAGUUUAUGGCUGAGAGGAUUGAGAAACAUCAGCAAGCUUGUGAACUGGCUUCGAGAAAAAGACCGCUAUUUAAUAUGACUAAGCAGAGGCUUCCAAAUGUGUAUGAAUUUACAGAAAGGUCACAUUCAGUUAGUAGAUAUUCUUUAAAACUUCAAUAUCCCAACUCAAAAUGGCAAAAACAGCAUUUAGAAUUGCUGAAAAAUCUGCAGCUUUCAUCAGAAAGUGACUCAACUUAUGAAAACUACAUCACUUGUCCACACUGCAGUCGGAAAUUCGGCCCUAUCCAAGCUGAAAAACAUAUAGAAAAGUGCAAAGAUAUCAUAAACAAGCCUAAGCCGCCUCCAACUGUAUUAAGAAAAAACCGGUUUCCCAGCAUAAAAAAAGACAAAGAAUUAACAAUAAGGACUAAAAGCCUCGGCGCCAAAAACCGAUCUUUUGUUAUCGAAAGCUCAGAGCCUCGAAUCGUGCUUAACGAAACCCUCGAUGUCGAGUCUAUAAGUGCUGUAAACAACCAAGAUAUCUUAUAUACUCCAAAUAUCCACACCUCAUACAGAAUAAAAAGAUUUGACCAAGGCCAUUUGUUCCCUUUAAUCGAGAAUGAUGCUGUUAUUACAAAAUUGUCCUAUCUAGAUGGAAGUGAUACAAGCCAAAAAAUGUUUACACCGAAAGCAAAAACGACUAAACAGAGAACAUAUAAAGAAAGAGAGCUGAAGCCAAGCAGGACGAUAAAGACGCUGGAAAAGCCGGAAUAUUACCCAGGAUCAAGGGACUUAAGCCGCCAUUCUUCUCAUACGCAUUUGGCAAGCAAUCGGUCACAGUCGACGCAAAGGUUAAAAGAGACGACUGCUAUAUGUCAGCAUUGUGAUGCAAAUGUGCCGCUGAGAGCGCGGUAUUGUAUGAUGUGUGGAAGCAUUAGGAUGUAA